GGAAGUUGCAAAAUCUCACCGGCCUUGCCUUCAGGCUAGAGAUGUGAGAGCCUCAGCAACAUGGGUGGCUUCCAGCACCCCUCAUGCCCUUCCUCAAUAUCAAAAGGCUAGAUGACGAAGACACUUCCUAUCAGUUUAUGGCUCUGUUGUUAUCUGGCAAGUACGGUGCAGUUUUUAUGGCUAUGCGCUUGUGAACAAGGCAAGUGCAAGCAAUAUACCAGCCUACAAGUCAAAGACUUCGCUCUCGGACAAACUCUUCUCCCUUCACUAUCCCAAAGCCUCAUACACCAUCUGUUUCUGGUUGCACCGUCAUCUUAUUAUUGCUUAUAUUACCCUUCUAUCACGUUCUUUGUAUCUCAAUACAUGGCCGCACAUCUCGUCGAGAUCAUCGGCCGUUCAAAUACCACUGAAAACGUUGAUCACGAAGACAAUUUGAGUUACGGCGGCAUCAUUGCAGUCGGUGUCGUUGUUCCAGUGAUUGUUUUCAUAAUUCUCGUCGUUAUCGCGGUAGAACAACAACACCCCCGAGCUCUGGAACGACUCCUCCUGUACUGCCGCCGAAAGCCACAACCAGAUCUGGAAAACAACAACCCCAUAAGAACAGAAACUCGAGGUUCUUUCCUCAGACUCCUCGCUGCAAGUCUCGUCAACCGUGGCUUCCUCCGUCCACCAGUUGACCAUGUCCACUGAGGCCGAACAAAACUCUCCAUAUGGUCAAGAUGGAAACGCAGCUUUGGAGAUUGUUUCUUGGACCGUGGCCGUGCUCAUCUGUACCGUCUUUUUGAUCCUGUUGAUCUAUCUACUGGAAACCGUUUUCAAGAUAAGAGCACGAGCCCUCGCAUUCCUCAGGGGAUAUGGGUGGACUCGGCCUGCCAUUACCGAAGCUCAAGAGCUUGGAAAUGCCCCAGCACACAGACAUCCCAGACUCCAGGUCGACCGAACCAAUGGUGGCCGCCGCACACACCACCGACGAGGCCAGCGCCGUCGGGAAGAUAUCGAACAACCUCGAGACCUUGAGAUACUUGGUCGGAUGGGGUCGAGAAAUACAAAUUUGCUCCAAAAUCAGACCGAGGAGUACUUGACAGUAGUUCGUCCUGAGCGGACAAGACGUGCGAGGAUCACCAAUCACAUUCAUCCUGGAGUCAACUACUUCGACUUUGCCAGGGGACCGCAGACUAACCGGGCAAGCAUCAAUAGGCAUGAACCACCUCCGCCAUAUACGUCCACAAGCCAGGUGCCGGUGGAGGUGGACGACCAUCCAUAUCAUACUCCCGUCGGUAUUGAUUCAGUACGCCAGACCUCCAUGUCCUCGUCCAUGCCUGUAAUUGAAGAUGGCCAACAACCGCACAACUCCGAGCCAAGCGGCAACGAAAUUACCGCAGAUGAUCGAGUGGCGAGCCGUGCCCUGGCGCAACUCCGUGCAGCUCAGUAGAAGAUGGUACGCCAUCACAGCCUCAGAGGCAUGGCUGGAAAUCAUUCCAAGAAUGACUCUGUGUGGAUGGAUCUGGGGAGGUGGUUUGUUCCGCCGAAAGUGCGGAUAUGUUGAUUACAAGUUGACAAAGGGUUUGAGUGUUUCGUGGGAUUGUUUGGGGUUGGUCAUGGCCAGCCGGAUAAGGUUGCUUGUUGUUGUUGAGGUUCUGGUUUCGUGUUUGAUGUCCUCGAUUUAGCGAUGUACUGGGGUUUCGGUGAAAAGCACACUUGGAACUAUGCAUAACAUGUACGAAUACGAG